AGGCGGGCCUCCGGGGCGGACGGGGAGGGGAACGCGCUGGUUGCUAGCAGCUGCGCACGCCGCCACCUUCCGCUGCGGGUCGGCUCAUUAUCAGUGGGCCUCUGCUGCGACGCCGGGUCAGGGCGCGAGGCCACGGGUCCGAGGUGUGGACCCGCGCUCCCGGUCAACGUGUCCCCCGCCCUCCGCCCGGCGCCCCGGCCCGCAGGCCAGCUAGUCUACCAUGAAAGGCCAUCGGACCAGCCCUGCUGGGCCUGUGGGGUGUUGCCCAGAAAGUGUGGACCUGAGUCUAACAGGCCUUCCUCCACCCAUGACCCAGCGCCCCAACAGCGCCUCGGCCCCCAAGCCUCUCACCCGAUCCAUCUCUGUGGUCGCAGGCAGCGAAUCUAGGAAGAGGGCACUGGAGGCCAUGGUGCCCGAAGGCUCGAGGGCCAUCAACAACCUACGCAGAUCCAACAGUGCCACCCAGGUGCCCCGGGUGUGGAGCAGCCCCCUCAGGCCAGCAGAGUCCCCCGACUUCCUGGCCCUGUUUGAGGGGAGCCCCAGUAGCCAGAAGAGGCUGGGCAGCCUGGGCAAGGCUCCCAGUGAGCAAGGUGCCACCUGGAACAUCCUGGACGAGCAGCCUAGGGCUGUCACCUUGAUGUCCUGCACCCAGAGUCCCAGCACUAUGGAUGCACCUGCAGGCCCUCAAAGGAGAGAGUGUUCAGUGGCCUUGUCCCCCAGCUUCACAGCCAACAACAGGAGCAGCAAGGCAGCCGUGGGCAACCGUGUGAUGGCCAUGGUGCACAACCAGCACAGCCCCGCUGAAAAGGCGCCACCCCCCAAGAGCUCCAACCACACCUCCUCGCCCCUCAACAACAUUGUCAAGGCAGCUACAGAUGAGGGCCAUGAGAGCAGCAGCUUCCGGAAGCCUCAGAAGAAUCUAGCCAGCAGCAAGCAGGUGGCCCAGAACAACAUGGGGGCCACUGCCAGCCUCCUAAAACGGAAGGAGGUGACAGAGGAGGAGGCUGAGAGGUUCAUACACCAGGUAAACCAGGCCGCAGUCACCAUCCAGUGCUGGUACCGCAGGCAGGCUCAGCGGCGCCACAGGCAGGGGACUUCCAGGCUGGAGCACCUACUGGCAUCUAAGCGGGAAGAGCGGCGCCAGCGACAGAAGGAGGGGAAUCUUUUGGAUCUGCACCAGCAGAAGGAGACAACCCGGCGGAAGGCCCGGGAGGAGAAGGCACGCCAGGCCAGGCAGGCAGCCAUUCAGGAGCUACAGCAGAAACGAGCCCAGAAGUCAGGCGACGAGGAGCUUAGGCUGCCGAGGGGGCUGCAGCCCCCACAGGAGGCUUCCCCGGGGCAGGGCAGUGUCCCCGGCAAACCCCACAAAGCCAACAACACUGGCAUGGAAGACCCCCGCCAACAUAGCUCUGACCCAUUACCAGAGCCCCAGUCGCUUCUGGAGGACAAGUUCAAGGACAACAGCUCCUGGGUUGCAGCUGCUGAGGACUUGGAGCCACAGGCACCUGCUAUCUACACGGCCAAGCCCCAGGCGGCCCUGCAAGAUCUGCUGGCCACACUGAGGCUCCUGGAGGAGGAGCCGGAGCCACUUCCCUGGCCCCGGGCCUACUCCAAGGACAGAUACACCUGGACCGAUGAGGAGGAGUCCAGCUCCCUGACAGCAGACAACCUAGAGCACUUCAGGCAGCUGGGGGCAGCGGAGCCCCCCGGAGCAGGCACCCUGCUCUCUGAGGCUAAGCUGCAGAGCAUCAUGAGCUUCCUAGACGAGAUGGAACAGGCAGGCCAGGAGAGGCCAGCCUCGGCCCCACAGGGGCCGGAGCCCACUGCAGAGGCGAGCAGCAUGGGGAUGCAGCUUCGGCUGGAGGUGGAGGAGAAGCGGCGAGCUGUGGGGCUGCUGCAGAGAGCACUGGCACAGCAGCGGGACCUCACCGCCAGGAGGGUCAAGGACACGGAGCGGGAACUAGGGCGGCAGCUGGGGCAACAGAGGGAGCACUAUGAGGCCACUAUCCAGCGCCAUCUGGCCUUCAUCGACCAGCUGAUCGAGGACAAGAAGGCCCUGAGCCAGAAGUGCGAGACCUUGGUGGCUGAGCUGAAGCUGGGAGACCAGAGGCACAAGGAAAGGGCAGCCCAGAUGCAGGAACAGCAUGAGCUGGAGAUCAAGAAGCUCAAAGAGCUGAUGAGCGCCACCGAGAAGGUGAGGCGGGAGAAGUGGAUCAAUGAGAAAACCCGCAAAAUCAAGGAGAUCACUGUUAGAGGCCUGGAGCCUGAAAUCCAGAAGCUGAUCACCAAGCACAAGCAGGAGGUGAAGAGGCUGCAGGGACUGCACGCGGCAGAGCUACAGCAGGCAGAGGAGCGGGCGGCGCAGCAGUACAGCCGGCGUGCAGAGGAGCUGCGUGCACAGCUGGAGAGCGAGAAGGAGGCUCUGGGCCAGCAGGAGCGGGAGCGUGCCCAGCAGCGCUUCGAGCAGCACCUGGAGCAGGAGCAGCGGGCCCUGCAGCAGCAACGACGGCGGCUCUACAGUGAGGUGGCCGAGGAGAAGGAGCGGCUGGGCCAGCAGGCCGCCAGGCAGCGCGCGGAGCUGGAAGAGCUGCAGCAGCAGCUGGAGGAGAGCAGUGCAGCAGGUGGCCGGGCCCUACGGGCUGAGUUUGAGAAGGAAAGAGAGGGGCAGGAGCGCCGCCACCAGAUGGAGCUCAAGGCCCUGAAGGAACAGCUGGAAGUUGAGAGGCAGAUGUGGGAGGCCAACUGCUCCAAGAAGGAGGAAGCCUGGCUGCUGAGCCGGGAGCAGGAGCUGAAGGAAGAGAUCCGGCGGGGCCGGGACCAGGAGAUUGAGCUGGUGAUCCGGCGGCUAGAGGCUGACACCACGCUGGCCCGGGAGGAGAGCGAGAGGGCUGCGGAGAGCCGCAUCCAGCGCUUACGGGACAAGUACGAGGCAGAGCUGGCAGAGCUGGAGCGCUCUGAACGGCAACUGCAGGAACGGUGCACGCAGCUCAAAGGGCAGCUUGGGGAGGCUGAGGGUGAGGCUGGGCGCCUGCAGGCACUGCUGAGGCAAAAGGAAAAGGAACUGGCUGACACGCGAGCGGUGAACGAGCAGCUGACGGCUGAGAGGAGUGGCCUGGCCCAGGUCCUGCACCAGGAAUUCACCGGCCGACUGGCAGCCUCCGAGGAGGAGAACAGGCAGCUCAGGGCCGAGCUGGCUGCACUACGUACCCGCCAGCAGCUGGAGCUGGAGCAACUGACGCGCGACAGGCAGGCGGAGCUGGAGGCCGUGCACAGGAGAGGCCACCGUGCUGUCCUUAGGGUGAAGGUGGCACUGGCCAAGAAGGAGGAGGCAGUGAGCAGCCUCCGGAAGCAGCAUGAGGCAGCCAUGAAGCGAGCGGACCACCUUGAGGAGCUUCUGGAGGAGCACUGAGUACUGGGCUCCAGCACCAAGUGACGCUGCCCGUAACAUGGACACAAGGUGUCAGGCUGUGCGGAAGGAGGUGCUGCCUGGUGGCCCCUGCUGUGUUCCUCUGGGCCCUGCCGUCCCCUCCUUACCUGGCCCUGCCCUGGCUAGGGGUGAGAGCCUCCUGAAAUCUUACAGUAAAGUCUUUUUUUUUUUUUUUUUAAA